UAAAAGUAUACACAGUUGCGUUAUUGACGAACUUCGCCAGGAGCAAUACUUAGAUACAACGAAAAAUUGUCCACUAUUAAAGAUGAAAUCAAUGUGUAGUAAUCAAUGAUUAGCAUACAAACAUGGCCUCGUCUAGGAGUGAUACUCUGGAUUACCGUGAGCCCAGGGAUUCAAUAUGGCAUCGAGUUUUCAGACGCAUUUUUCGAACACAAACCGCGACAAGUCAAAGAGCUCAACCAAGUGUAAAGGUCCAUCGGGACAAAAAAGACACGAAAAUGGUCAGAAAUUCAGAUAUUGGCUGGGAUGAUGAUUCGUUAGAGAACGAGAAUAUGACUUCGAAUAGGACUACGUCAGAGAACCGCAGUCCGGGAUGCCAACCUUUUCUUGGACAAAAUAGCCGUCGACGUCAUCUGCACAACGAAAAUGAGGAGCUGCGACAAGAAAUUCAGGAACUCAAGAAAGUUGUAAAUGAAAGGGGGGAUAAAACAAAAGAACUUUCCCAGCAAAUCGAAACUCUGCGACUUAAAAACCAGACGACGGAGAGGGAAAAGGAGACAUUUCGGCAAGAAAAUAUUGACAAGAGCAACAAAAUUGAGCAACUUCAGGGAGAUAAAAUUAGGGAACUCCAAGAGAAAAUCGCUAAAAUCACCCAUGAAUUGGCUGAUAAGGAGGAUGAAAUUGGGCAACUUCAGAAAGAGAGCAAUGAGAUACGGGGUGAAGUGAAAGAACUCCAAGGGAAAAUCGAAAGUAAGAACAGGAAAAUACGGGAACAUGAAGAAGAUAUCGAUCAAAUAGAGAAAGAAGUGGAAAAAAUCAACAAUGAAUGCGCUGGUAAAGAAGAUGAAAUUGAGCAGCUUCGAGAAGAUAAGAAGGCGUUAAAAAAUGAAAUGGAAACACUUCGUCAAAAAAAUGUUGACAUUAAAAAUGAAAUUCAGCAACUCCAGAACGAAGUAAAUGAAAUGAAAAGUAAAAUUGGGCAACUUCAGGGCGAUAAGAUCAAAACGGAGAACACCAUUCAGCAGCUUCAGAAAGGAAAUAAUGAGAUGAAAAAUGAAAUUCAGCAACAUUGGGACAAUAAGACCAAAAUGGAGAACAGCAUUCAGAAGCUUCAGAAAGAAAAUAAUGAGAUGAAAAAUGAAAUUCAGCAACUUCGGGACAAUAAGACCAAAAUGGAGAACAGUAUUCAGAAACUUCAGAAAGAAAAAAAUGAGGUGGAAAAUGAAAUUCAGCUACUUCGGAACAGCAUGGGUCAGACGAGCAGCAAAACGCAACAACUUCAAACAGAGAAUAAUGCGAUGAGCCAUGAAAUUCGGCAACGUUGGGGCGAUAAGAGGAAAAUGAAGUAUGGCGAAAUUCAGCAACGUCGGGAGAAUAUCGACCAGGUGAAAAAUGAAAUUCAGCGUCUCCAGGAAGAAAGAAAUGAGAUGAGCAAUGAAAUAAAGCAACUUCGAAAACAUAUCGACAAUGUGACAUUAAAGGCUAUGGCUAGCAUCUUUAUUGAAGAAGGUGCCGUGGUGGUUUCAACUAAUGAUAAGCUCGGAGAAGGCACUUAUGGUGCUGUUUACAAGGGAGACUUUCAUGGAUCUAAAGUAGCGGUUAAAGAAUUUCACAAAGUUGUUAUUUCUGAUUAUAACUUAAAAAUUCUCCAACGUGAAGUAUAUAUCGCAUCGCAAUGUCGUCAUCCGAAUUUACUUCAGUUCAUAUGCGCAACGAGAAAUGAUCAAAAUCGCUUGUUAAUCGUGACAGAAAUGAUGGAUACGACUUUACGUACGUAUAUUGAGGAACGUGCUAGCCCUCGUUUGCCGUUGAAAUUCGAGGAACUAAAAUUAAUCUCCUUAGACGUAGCAUGCGGCCUCAACUACCUUCAUUCAAUGAAACCAAACCCAAUAGUCCACCGUGAUAUCAGCAGUGCCAACGUAAUGUUAUGGAUCGAGAAUCAUUCACCAAGAAGAGCGAAGAUAUCAUAUUAUGGUUCGGCCACUUUCAUGGUGCCGGAUAUGUCUAAAACUGUAUACCCAAGUGCAUUCCCUUACGCAGCACCUGAAGCCUGGCAAGGAAAACAGGACCCUAAGAUGAAUGUCUUCAGUUAUGGGAUUCUGGUAUGUGAGAUGUCCACCUGUGAACAGCUUGGAAGUAGAGAAUAUCAAACAGCAGAAAAAAUUUCAAACAGGAAUGUGAAACAGCUGGUGAAUACCUGCACAAAACCUGAACCGCGAGAAAGGCCAACGAUGCAGGAUGUGAUUGAACUCUGGAAACGCUACGAGUCUCAUGACACGAGCCAUUUUCCCUUUUUGCAGAAGUGAAAUGAAUUUUUGUGUAACGGUAACGUGAUUGCGAUGUUAUUACGGUAAAAUAUAUCAAAAAUAUUUUAAAUAACAAUUAAACAUAAUAUUCUUUUUUUUCAAUUUUUUCUAGUAGCCGAUUAAUAACUUUAUAAGAAUAUAUUCGAAACUGUACAUGGGAGCCACCAUGCAAUAUCCGAACAACGAAGAAUAUAAAAAAAUCGAAAUGAAAUUAGCAUGUAUACUUUUUGUAUUAGGGACAGAAACGGUUUUAACAUCUUUAAACACCUUUUAGGCCGAAACUUAUAUACUUUCAGUAAUAAUUUUUGCAUGCGAUAUACAAAAGUCUGGGUUUUUUGCCUUAUU